AUGAAGCUCGUUCGGUUCUUGAUGAAGAUGAACAAUGAGACGGUGACCGUCGAGCUCAAGAACGGGACGACGGUGCACGGCACCGUGGCCUCGGUGGAUGUCAGCAUGAACACGCAUCUCAAGAACGUCAAGGUAACGCCCAAGGGCAAGAACCCGACCACAUAUGACAGCCUCUCCAUCAGAGGCAACAACAUCCGGUGCUACAUCCUGCCGGAUAACCUCAACCUCGACCAGCUGCUCAUCGACGACGCGCCCAAGCAAAAGCCUGGGAAGGUCAAGGAUGGGGCGAGGGGGCGCGGAAGGGUCUGGAGAUUGGGGUGCUGACCUCUCUAGUUUCUCCGAUAGCCGUCGAUUUUUCUUGGCCUCUGUUGACGGUGGGGUUUGGUCUCAUGUUGGACUCACAGGUUGGCCUUGUUCCUAGAGGCUGGUGUGUCACUUUACCACAAGGCUUGUACGUCGCAAGUUUUAGAAACCAGAGAAAGCGUUAGCUCGCCGGACGUGGCGAAGUGAGGAAACGGAAUUCCGACGGGGUGCUUUUGUUCACCGUUGCCCGUGUGACACGCGAGGUGCUUAUAUCAGGGACUCUUCAAACGUUUGGAUGGUCUUCGUUGGUCCUUGCCCUCGUGUGUCGAUUCUGAUUGAAGUGGUCACCAUCAACUGAUGCCACGGCAUGACUAUUAUUGCCAGAUUUCUGGGUAUGGCUCGUGGGAGAGAAGCUACAGAUGUCAAAACAAAAAAUGUUCGUCCUGCUGUAUGCGUACCUGUUUUUUCUCUCGAAGUGGAGAAGAUGGUGGUUGGGUGUGUGUAGCAAUCUCGCGUUGUGCGGCAAGGGUGUCGGUGUGAAGCGCCAUACUGUCGACUCCGCCUCACUUUCUGAUGUGAGAUGGUUGAGGCGACUAUUCUUGCACGAACCUGACCCCGACAUGUCGGUCAGCACGAGCACCAACGGUCGGCCGGCGCCCGUUGCCUGCGUUGUGUCUUUUUAUUUCGAGUUCUCCACCGCUUAUUGUCAAAUCUCUGUUCAGUUGCUGGGUGUGCUGGCGUUUGCAUUACACCACCGCAGCGCCGUCACGGGGACGGUGGGGUCUACAUCUAUGUUGUCACAUGUUUUGC